GCAAGGCGAUUCAUUUGGACAAUUGCAGCGGUCGUCAUUUGUUUGGCUCUGCAAGCUGGAGACAGUAUAAACGAUCGAUCUGCAAAUAAUAUUCUCUCGUCUUCCCUUAAAAAAUUUUAGUUUAUACGUUUAUGAUGCAACUUUCAUGGAACAUACAUUGCCAUUUUCACGAAAGAUUUUGUCUGCCUUUGCCUUCGGUUUUGGAGUUUCAGAGUUAAAUUUGUACAUCAACGUCAUCAAAAUUCAUCUGGCUGCCGCAGAGGUCAAAGCACUGUAAAUGGCUUCUGGUACCUUAGGAACUUCAAGAGUUAAUAUAUCAAAUCUCAACUUCAAUAUAGCGAGAGUUGGUGAAGCACAUCAAUCCAAUUUGAGGAUAACUUGGAUAGUACACAAUUUACAGAAUCAUGCAGGUUUAAGGAUAUCUUCCACGACAGAUGACCAAUGGAGAAUAUACUGUACUUCAUCUUCUGGAAGCCAACAUGGUUCCAACACGUCUGGUUUCACGAGGAGACACACACCAGAUCUAUCUGAGGUUGGAUCUCUGAUAACUGGCAUAUGCAAGGCAAGUUCAGUUGAAGAAAUUGAAAUAAAGCUCAGCGGUUUUCAGCUAUAUCUUGCAAGAAAUCCGACCAGAAAGACUACCACCUUACCUCCAUCUCCCCAGUUGCAUGCUCCUCCUAAAGCCGAUGCAACACCUGAGGAACAUGUCGCAAGUGCUUCACUCCCAAAAACUUCUUUAGCUAUCACCAAAUCGAUAUUCUCCAUAAGUAGAUGGCAGAUAACGCUAAAGAAAGCAGUUAAUGAAGGCUUGUUUGUACUCCAGUCUCCUAGGGUCGGGUUUUUUAAAAGAUCUCGUACUAUAAAAGGGAAGCGUGCUCCACCUGCAUGUAAAGAGAGGCAAAUUGUAAAGGAAGGACAAGUAGUCUGCUACAUCGAUCAACUCGGUGGAGAGAUGCCUAUCAAGGCUGAUGUAUCUGGAGAGGUCAUCAAAAUCCUUCUGGAGGAUGGAGAUCCGGUUGGAUACGAGGAUGCUCUCAUAACCAUUCUUCCUUAUUCGCCUGAAAUAAAGAUGUUGCAGUAGAUGGUUUUUCUGAAAUUUUUCUUCCAAUUUCAA